AGGCGGAGGUUUUAGGGAGCGGAGCGGAAGUACCCAGGGCCUCGCGCCCGCGUUCCUGCCAACUGGAUUGCUGCUCCGCUGUUCUGGGCCGUCGCCUGCGCGCGCCCGCGGCCCAGCUCUGCCAUGAGCCGGCCCAGCCGCCUGCAGAGGCAAGUUCUUAGCCUGUACCGCGAACUGCUGCGCGCCGGGCGCGGGAAGCCGGGGGCCGAGGCGCGGGUGCGAGCCGAGUUUCGGCAGCACGCCUGCCUGCCGCGCUCCGACGUACUGCGCAUCGAAUACCUGUACCGCCGCGGGAGGCGCCAGCUCCAGUUGCUACGCUCGGGCCACGCCAAGACCUUGGACGCCUUCGAGCGCCGUCAGGGCGCCAACGAGGAGCCCGGCGAAGCGGGGGCCCCUACGACUCCGCCUGAGGAGAGUGACGAUUCGAGGAACCCUCUCGAAUGGAGUCACCGGAGACCCCGCCGGGUGGACGGUGACAGGCUGAAGAGCUCAGAUGGAGCAGGGGAACGGUGUGGUGGGGCCAGGGAACCCGCAUGAUGGGAGCAGGGGUUUUUUUGCUGAGGAAUUUGAGAAGGUGCCCUGAUGGACAACGGAGAGAAGCGUCGAAUCCCUUUGGAAAACUUUCCCCCCACUAAUGGCAGCGAACUAGGACUGGUGAGGAAGGGAGUAGGGUCUCAUCCCAGCUGAUCAUUUGAAGACCCCUCAAGACCUCUACACUUACUGUUUCUGAGGGCGAGCCCUGACUCCUGCACCCUUCAGGACUGUCAAACAAAUGGAAUAAAGUUGGGGAUGUGCUUACUUCC